AUGUAUACCGAUCAGGGGAUUCUCGAUGGUUUGAACGAGCUGCGUCAACAUCCCGAAGCGGCGGGAUGCAAAGGCGACGAGCAUCUGCUUACUGAGGCCUUCAAGGUUCCAGAGAAUGGGGUUCAAGCUUGUAUGCCUGUCGUUUCACGCUCAAGAGUUAUUUGUUAACGUCCCCAGGGCUGUCGACUCUGAGUACCGAGAACAAGUACCGUUUGGGCUGGGAAAUACAGACCAUGGAUGCCUCUCUACGAUCUGCCUAUGCCGUCGAACUAGCCGGACAGAUUAUGAAGACCAACAUCGACAAGCUCACCACUCAGCAACGAACGAUCACGCAGCUGCAGGUCGAUCUAAGCGCAACGCAGAACGUUAUCGUGGCGAGAGAAAAUGAGAAUCUCAGCUUGCAGGAGACGGUUACCAAGCUACAAGGAAACUUGAAGGCCUCGAACGACAUUAUCCUCGCCAGAGACUCUGUCAUCAACACGGAUGCUGCUUCUGCUGCCGCUCUGGAGGUGAAAGAGAAGGAAGACCAGGACAAACUCGCGGCGAAGAUCGAGGAAGUAACCUACCUGCAACAAACCAUCUCUCAGAUGCAAUCCGAGAUGGAAACCCAGACCACUGCACUUGCGGCGAGAGAACAACAGCUGGCACAACAGCAUGCUUUGACUGCACGGCUCCAGAGCGAUAUUGAUACCAAGGACAGAGCACUUACGGCCAAGGACGGCGAUGUCUCCGCCAAGACGGAUGCGAUCGUGCAGAAAGACACCGAGAUCAACAAUCUGAGAACGGAAGUCGAAAAGCUCCAUGCCGAAUUGAAGCGAAUCAACGAUACUCUUGCUGGCUUGAAGAAGCCCAAACCACCGGAGAAGAAGUGA